GAUUUUAAUUUAAAUGUCUCAGCAACUAUGAGAUGGAUUGCCAUGUGGUACACACAUUCAAUGUCCCCAGAGGACUAGUAAUAACUUUGUGGUUCUGCUGACUUUUCAUCUUGCCCUAUCAUCAGGUCAACAUUUUAAUUUCUCCAGUGACUAAAUACCUGCAAACCUAAGUAUAUUCCCAUCAGCUUCAACUGUACUUUGUGUUUGGUGGCAAUUAGCAAAUGUUGGCAAGCUAGCAUGCUGAAUGAAGGCAGUGAACAUGGUAAACCUGUUUCAAAAUCUAGUUUGUACAAGUAAUGAAGCUGUUGUUUAUAGUCUGCUGUGUGGUAUAAAAUGCUGCACACUGAUGUCUCUAAUAAUAUAUAAUACAAUUUCAGUCACACAGAAAAUUUUGCUGCAGAAGUAGAUUUACUCUUGAUAUUUCAUACAUUUUACUGAUAAUACUUCUGUACUUUUACUUAAGUAAGAUCCUGAAUGCAGUACUUGUAGUGUAACAUAUUUUUACAUUGUGGUAGUCAUACUUUUACCAAGGCUACCACCUCUUUCACCACUGUUGUUAAGUGCAGUGAAUCUAGCAGCCAGCUUCACUCAGACACAACAGCAAUACCUCAUUCUGAUUGGCUGCCUAGCACUUUAAGAACACCUCGUGCUUAGUCUGCACAUCCCCCUCUCCCACCUGGGCGAAUCACAGACACACCUGCAGUUGAUGCUGGGCCCUGCACUACUGUUAGUCCACAUGUUUGAUGCAAAUUGAGGUAAGCCUCUUUGUUUUCUGUUAUUAUUACUGUUUAGGUAACUUUAUCUUGUUCCAAAAGCUUAUUUCAGCUGUUGUUUUGCCCAGCGACAGAGGUGACCUGCUGAACAUGCCUGCAAAGCGAAGUUUGCCUGUAGUCUUUUUCUGUGGGAUGCCAGCGAUUCGCUUCUCCAGGGCUUGUGUUUUUAUGUUAAAUCCCACACAGCGGUAGUGUCUUAACACACAUUAACUCUCCAGAAAAUCUGUAAUUUUACCACAUUCGCCUUGACUACUAUUUCUGUCUGAAAACUGGGACUGUUUCUGCAGCCACAUUUCUAUAAGGAAAAUCCGUCUGUCACAAUUAAAAGUUUCUUGAAUAGCAGAACCAACGAAUAACAUGACAGCUGUCCUUGUGUCGUUUGAAAUAGUUUUUGCAUGUCUUUAUUAGGUAAUUUUUUUUUGUAUCAUGUUUCUUUUUGGUAGCUUUGCCUCUCGUUGGUUUGUUUGGCCUCUUUGUGGACUUUUGACUGAGCUCUGUGGCUUUUAAACAAGAAAUUAUAACAGUCGCUUCGUACAGAAGCUUUUAAAAUAUACAUUUACUUGCUAACACGUAAAAAUUAUUAAUGUUGGCACUGACAAAACAGUGUACUGAUAAAAACCUAACUUAAAUGUCUAUUGCUGCAACAGGUCAGUUUCACUGAUAUCAGCAAUCAGUGAACAGCAAAGUCUCUUAACUUUUUCUGUUUUCUAUCUUCGUUUCUCAAAUGUCCGAUAUGUGUAAUGGUGACUCUAAUGUCUGCCACAGGUUUCUUCAAUCUCUGGCUGGAUGGACAAGUGGAAGAAACUCGGAAGGAAGUUUUUCUUCCUCUCCAUUGGUAUCUUCAUCUUCAUUGUUGUGGUUGUGAGAUUCCCUGGGAUGUACAGGCCCGUCCCAAGCCCAAUCCGAAACCGGCGUCUGGUUCCAAAGUCUUGCCCUCUACGGAUCUCUGGCCAGACCAUCACCCCCCUCAACAACACCAAGCACUUGCUGGUGUCAGCCUUCAUGGAUCAGAGGAUGUCAUGUGUCAGAUUCCUCAAAACUGCAACGCUACACACGUUACUCUUCUGACUCAGCCAGAAAGUGUGAAGGUGUCUGAGCAGACCUGGCUCCCCAUAAGAAACAAGAAGAACAAUGGGAAGGAAGAGAAACGGCUGCAGUUUGACUUCACAGUCUGCAUCUCCAACCUGUUUGAAUUCAACAAUGCACUUCAGUACGCACAGACCCUGGAGAUGUACAGGUUGCUGGGUGUGGACAGAGUGGUGAUCUAUAACACCAGCUGUGGCCCAGAACUCGACCGCCUGUUGCACAGCUACAGCCAGGAGGGCUUCGUGGAGAUGGUUCCUUGGCCCAUCAACAAGCAUCUGAAUCCAUCUCGAGGCUGGCUCUUCUCAAAGUAUGGCGGGGACAUGCACUACUUUGGCCAGCUAGCCACACUUAAUGAGUGCAUUUACAGAUCCAUGGAUCGCUCACGCUACGUCCUGUUGCAUGACAUAGAUGAGAUUAUAAUGCCGUACCAACACGACAGCCUAACACCUCUCAUGGACAUGCUCCAACAGCAGCAUCCAAAAGCUGGGGUCUUUCUUGUUGAAAACCAUAUCUAUCCCAAGAAACCCUUUGAAGAAAGUAAAAGGGGUCCCCUGCCUCACUGGAGAGGGGUGCCAGGCUUUAAUAUUCUGGAGCACAUCUAUAAGUGGGAGCCUGACAGAGCAGCAGAGUAUCACCCAUACAAGUUAAUCAUUCAGCCAAGGAUGGUGGAGCAGACUUCGGUGCAUUUAGUGCUUAAGAUGUUUGGAGAGCAGUUCAAGAUUCCACCGGAGUUGUGUCAUAUUGUUCACGCUCCACUGAGCACACCCACUGUUCAGCCGCUGGAGAAGAUCCAUGUGGACACUCGACUGUGGGAUUUCAAAGACGAGCUGAUCCCAAAUGUGAACAAUGUGCUGAGGAGAGCGGGGCUGUUGUACUAAGAGGGACAAGGCUGAUGGAUGGGAUGGACGAACACACAGAGGGAUCAGAAUAUUUUUAAGUCUACAACAGCUAAUGUGGCUGUAGAUUCACCGGCUUCGUCAGAGCUGUAUCAGUCCUCCAUCACCCCAUCACCAAUGCCAAGGCCCUCAGGUAUCCAUGACUGACUGAUAUGUUUAGUAUAUCUAUCCCUAUAAAUUUAUAUAGUUCACUGGAUCAUCACCAUUUAAAAUAAAUAAAUAAAUAAAUAAAUAGCAACUUUUUUGUAAAUUAAAGUUUUUGAUAAU